GAGGACAGAAAGAAGGGGCAGGGGAUGGAAGCCGCUUCGAUGGUGGGACAACUGUAGCUCGACUGCCAGAGAACGCGUCUGAGGAGAGACGACAAGAUAGUCUCAGCACGAGCAUCAGGCGUGUGCGGUGCUGAAGGAUUACAGCACACUGCUCACCUCUAAUCAGAAUCUCACUCUGAGUUGUUCCUCUUUGAGGCAGACCACCAAUCAGGGAGCAUGAUGGAAGUUUUUGGCUGACCCAGGUUCUUUUCAUUCUGCGAAUUAACAGGAUAAGAGCCCAGUACUUCAAAGUGACAAGUUUAUUUUCCUUUUCUUUCAAGACAUUCUCUUGACAAUGGACUUUGCUACGAUUCCUGGCACUACUCUAAGGCUCUGAGACUCGUCAGAAGGGGCAUAAUACUAGCAGAGACCCUGAAGGACCAUCACUGAGAGUCACUGAGAAAGGGCAGAAAUUCUGCGGACAUCUGGAUUUACAGUCAAUAUAAGCAAUGAAGACAACAUGCAUAGUUUGUUUUACAUGUGAUUCACAUUAAUAGGCAUUUAUGCAAAUCAGCAGUAGAGUUUAAAGGUUAGACAUUAACUGUGGCCGUUUAGGUAAAUAAAUCACUUUCUGCGAAAUAAAAAUAAAAAUCCCCGGAAGGACAAGACAAAAUCCAGUCAGCAGAAUGAUCUGCAUUCCUUUCCAAGCGGGACAUUACAUCCAGCUCCUCCUCAUGCUCAUAACACUUGGGGUUCCCACUGGAGUCUCGGGACAGAAUGACACAGAGCCCAUCGUGCUGGAGGGGAAAUGCCUGGUCGUGUGCGACUCCACACCCUCCACAGAGCCGGCAGGAGGAAAUGCACUGGGCAUGUCUGUACGCUCCGGGACUGGCCGUGUGGCCUUCUCAGCUAUCCGCAACACCAACCACGAGCCAUCUGAGAUGAGCAACCGCACCAUGACCAUCUACUUUGAUCAGAUCCUGGUGAACGUUGGUGGCCACUUCGACCCCGCACGGAGCAUCUUUGUGGCCCCAAGGAAGGGCGUGUACAGCUUCAGCUUCCACGUGGUCAAAGUGUACAACAGACAGACAAUACAGGUCAGCCUGGUACUUAAUGGCUGGCCUGUGAUUUCUGCCUUCGCUGGUGACCAAGAUGUGACUCGGGAGGCAGCAACGAAUGCUGGGCUCGUCAUCAUGGAGAGAGGGGACAAGGCUUACUUAAAGCUGGAGAGGGGGAACCUGAUGGGGGGCUGGAAGUACUCCACCUUCUCGGGCUUCUUGGUCUUCCCUCUUUAGAGAGGCAAGGGGAGAAAUUGGAGAAGAAGGGAGAUGGACGGAAGGAGGAAACGAUAUGGGGAGAGAAAUGCAGCAGCAGACAAAUGACGAAAAGCAUGCAAAAUAAAGCGGCAAGAAGAUUCUCAUUGACUACAUGAACAGUGUUCAAGAAGAAGAACAUGAAGUACAGUAAAGAGACUGAGACAGAGAAGAGGGAGGAAGAAAACACCUUAUUGGCUAAUUAUUUGCAUGUAUGCAAGUGUGCAUGUUUGGGCGUGUCUCUGUGUGGGUUGUGGGUGUGUAUGUAAUUUAAACUCUCAGUUCUGAAGUUUUUUCUUCUAUUUUUUUAGUUCCAACCAUUUCUAAGUGUUUGACAGUAUUUAUCCCACAGACUGCUUAUCAAGGAAAUUCACCAGCAUUUCACUCCUGCUGUUCCACAUAGUUCAGGGUUUAAACCUGAAUUGUUUUGGUUGAGGUCCAUGGAUGGAACACAACGGUCAACUUUUUUUGUGAGGGAAAGUAUCAAUUAACACAGGUCAACAUACAAUCUUUCAAUGUUUGGAAACAUUUGCAUUCAUGACUGAUACAUUUAUAAAAUUUGCUUGGCUUGCAGCGUUACAUUACAAUACAUGAAAAUUUAUAAACUGAAAAAACUUAACAAAAGGUCAUAUUGGAACCUGGACAAUACAAAAUUUUUAAUAAUUAAUCAGGGUUUACGUAUUUAUACAAAAAAGCAUCCUUCCUGUAUUGACUGCAACCACACGCAUCCUGGGGGUAUGAGAAGGAAGUGAUCUUUUCAAAAGUUGAUUUACAUCUCUACAUCUCCAUUGACUCUGUGGUUGUGUCUGUGCUACAUAUGCUAUGGAUACCAACCUUGUACCGGGAUCAUUAGUGAUGAUGGGGCUUCUGUGGUCUUAUGUAACAAAUGUAUUAUAAGAAUUAAAGUAGAAAACCUUGCACAUUUCA